AUGUCUGAUGGAACCCAGGCCCACGCAAACUCGCCGAUCCCAGAAAAGAGCGCCGACGCGGACCGGACGAAAUCAGAGCCUCUGCGCCAGCAAGCAGACUCCGGCGUGAUCAGCAGGCAAGAUCUGGAUCUGCCAUGUCCGCUGAGUGCACUGACCAACGGCAUGCAGCACAUCCCGGUUAGAGACAUGUACGCCUGGGUACACCGUCCCGUCGAGACGCGCCGCCAGGAGGCACGGCAACAGCAGGACAGGAUCCCACGUCCGCCGAACCUAUUCAUACUGUACCGGUUAGCUUACAGCAAUCGAGCAAAGCACUGGCUUGCACAGAAUAAUCAUCAGGCCAUCUCCAUCUCCACUGGACAAAGCUGGAAGCUGGAAGUCCCCCACAUCCGGGAGAAGUACAAGACGCUUGCGGUAAUAGAGAAACGGAACCAUGCUAAAGCGCACCCGGGAUAG